AAUAUGUCUUCUUAUCCACAAAUAAGAUAUGAAUAUGCCGAUGAAUCAAAUAGUUCUCAACACUCAAUUUCUGCUGAUCCUCCAUUGUUUGUUAAUUCGCGACCAAUGAGUCAACAACAAGGUUUUGAACAAUUUUUACAUAGUUGUGACGAUCCAGCAGCUCCACCAUUUUCGCCUAUCGGAAAUCUUAUAGGGCCUGAUGUUGAUCUUUUUCAACAAUUUAAUCAACCUUCAUUUGGAUCAAGUACAACGACAACAACGUAUUGGCAACCACGUUUGGAUGAUUGUUCUUUUGAAAAUUCUCAACAAGAUUUACUCUAUACACAAAAUAAUAAUCAACACUCACAAAAUGAGCAAUUUGAUCCAUUUUAUGAAGUAAACAAUGAGAAUCUUCACAACAAUCGAUCGAUUACUUCAAUUCCAAAUAUUUUGCAUAAUCAACAGUCCCCAAAGCGUGAACCAUUUAAUCGACUUCAAAUUAUUGAAAAUACUUCAUUACGCCCACAAUUUUCUCUGUCUUCCAACAAUCAAAAUUUUAAAUUGGAAAAGAAGGAAGUUUCGAAUAAUAAAUUAAUUUUGGAAAAUAAUAUUGAUGAGACACCUAGGCUUAUUUCUGGGCCUCCUGCUCAUUGGCGAUUAGAUGAAGAUUCGGCAGAAGGGACAACUUUUCCUAAUAAACGACAAAAAAUUGUUAAAAACUCUGUCAAUAUAAAAUUGGAAGGAAAAGAAAAUAGUGUUGUUGAAGUGGUUGAAGAAGAGCCUGAACAACCGAGAGAAUUGCCUGUAGCACCUAAUGGAUUUGCAAAGCCAGCUUAUUCCUAUUCUUGCUUAAUUGGUCUGGCACUAAAAAAUAGUACUACUGGAGAGUUGACAGUCUCGGAAAUUUACGCUUUUCUUUGUCAUCAUUUCCCAUUUUUUCGUGAAGCGCCAAGUGGCUGGAAAAAUUCAGUUCGGCAUAAUCUCUCUUUAAAUAAAUGUUUUCGAAAAAUUGAAAUCGAACCGCCAAAUAGUCAUGGACGAAAAUCGUGUCUUUGGACUAUGAAUCCUCCACGCCGAGCAAAAAUGGAUCACGAAUUAAAAAAAUGGCGUGAAAGGGAUGAGCCUGGAAUUUUAAUUGCAAUGGAACGACCUAAUGAAUUAGAUGCACUUCAAAGUGGUUCUGUUGGAAUGCCUCCAAAUUUAAAACCGCGGCGUUUUUCAUUUCCAGCAACAAAAAAUUACUCAAAUCAUCAAGAACGUUUAAAUUUUAGUUCAAGUUGUUCAUCUGCACCUUCUACUACAAAUAAUGGGAAUUCUCCAUUUGCUUUAUCACGAGAAGAAAUACAACAACGAAUGUUUUCUGUUAGUCAAGGAUCUUCAUCUUCUAAUAGCUUGUCUACACAAAACAACGCUAUUAAAUUAGAAAUACAAACUCCAACAAAUUCUUCUGAUUUUUGUCAAUCUCACAUUAAUCGACAACGAGGCCGGCCGUCUGCACAUGCACAAGCAGCUCGCAAAUUGGAAAAUUGUCUUUUGCAGCAACGUCAAAAGAUUUCAAAGUAG